AUGGGGCUUUCCAAAACGAACAGGAUCUUGAUCCUGCUGGUCAUUGAUACAGCAUUUUUCUUGCUUGAAUUAAUCACUGGUUAUGCCGUCCAUUCUCUCGCCCUUGUCGCCGAUUCCUUCCAUAUGUUGAAUGAUGUCUUAUCCUUGUGUGUUGGAUUAUGGGCGGUGAAGGUUGCAAACCGGGAGACCACCUCCAACACCUACACCUAUGGCUGGCAACGAGCGGAGACACUUGGCGCCUUAGUGAAUGGCGUAUUCCUAGUCGCCCUGUGCAUGUCGAUUUUCUUGGAGGCAACUCAGCGAUUGUUCGAACCCCAGGAAGUGCAAAACCCCCGAUUUGUUUGCAUUGUUGGCUGCUUCGGCCUGGCCUCUAAUAUCAUCGGAUUGGCGCUAUUCCAUGACCACUCACACGGACCCGGGGGUGGCCACGACCACGGUCACGACCAUGAGGAACAUGACCAUGAUCAUGAUAUCGAGGCUGGUGAUCACGAUCACGAUCACGACCAUACACAUAUCGCCGACGAGAGCGAGAGCACCCCGGGGGCUACUGCUGGUUUUGGCGGACCAAACUCCCUCACACACUCUACCACCGAACCAUCCCGAAAGCGACGCGACACCCAGACCCGCGGCCCCAGGAGAUACAGCACUUCGACUGGACGCGGAUUCGUAAGCCCCGACGAUAUUCCCGUGCUUCCAGAGAGAUUGAGACAAGGGAUUAUCGCAGCCAGUCAAUACCGCAAUGAACAUUCCUCGGAUUCGGAGAAUGGCCACGACGAGGAUGAGAUCCCAUCUGAGCGUUCAGGUCUCCUGAGUCACCGCGAUCGCACUACUAACUACACCGAUGAGGAAGGAGCUCCGGUCAAGGUCCACGACCACCGCGAUGAAGAUGUCCACAAAUCUCACAACCAUGCUCAGCCCAAGCCGAAGGACCAGAAGAAGGGUCACAACCACGACCUCAACAUGCGCGGUGUCUUCCUCCACGUCAUGGGAGACGCUCUCGGAAACAUUGGUGUGAUCGUUUCUGCGCUCAUUAUCUGGUUGACGGACUACGAAUGGCGCUAUUACGUCGACCCGGGUAUUUCCCUCGUUAUUACCCUGAUCAUUCUUGCAUCCGCCAUUCCGUUGUGCAAAGCCGCCUCGCGUAUCCUUCUCCAGGCCGUGCCCCCCGGUAUGAGCAUUGAUCAUAUAAAGGAGGACAUUGAGCGUCUCCCCGGUGUCAUUGGUUCGCACCACCUGCACGUUUGGCAACUCAGCGACACCAAGAUUGUGGCAUCGAUUCAUCUCCAAGUGGACACCGAGAUCAAGGGCGAAGGCUCGGAGAGGUACAUGCGUCUGGCUAGACAGGUGAGACGCUGUCUCCAUGCCUACGGUAUCCACUCUUCGACUAUUCAACCUGAGUUUGCACCGGAAAGUGAUACCGAAGACAAUGGACAAGCAUCAUCCUCUCGGGACACCGAUGAUCACGUUCCCAGUCGUGCUGGCAGCGUUCGCGAGGGUGACCCGCAAGCAUGCCUCCUGGAGUGUGACACGAACUGUGCCCGAGGAGGCCAGUGUUGCCCCAAAAAGUGA